UCUGUCCGCUUGAUAUGUUGCAUGUAUUUUAUUAUUCUAAUAAUAAUGUGAAGCCUUUAAAACCCACGCGAGGGCCUGCGAGUGCCCCCCCCCCCCUCCUCUGGAGAGGAAUGAUGAUAAAUCGCCUGCAACAAACACGGAGUAUUUGACUUCUGUGCUUCACAAUGUGUUCAAUUCCCGGCCUUCCAACGCCAGGAACAGAUGUCCCUGUUCUCAUCACGAGGGUCAACCUAAACCACAACUGUGGUCUCGUGGAGUUAUGGGUUAACAUGGACAAUGGGAGGAAGCAUGUUUAUGAGCAGAUGAGAGAGGAAAUUCAGAAUCCUGUAAGGAAGUUUGAUGGAUCAGAAGGGAAACCCGCGGAUCUCUGUCUGGUGUGCAUCAGUGACGCCUGGCACAGAGCUCGGAUUGUAUCCAUUCAAAGUGAAACUUGCAAUGUUUUUCUAAUCGACCAGGGACAACCCCAUAUCACCACAAGUGAAGCUUUAGCAUGGGGCCAGAGUGACAGUUUCCUCCUUCCCCCUGAAUCUGAAUCUUGCAUACUUGCAAAUGUCCUCUCCCUUGACAGUAACUGGCCUGAAAAAGCCACAAAGUUUUUGGUCUCUCUGCCUGGCAAGAAGUUUAUGGGACUGGUUCAACAUGUGCUGACGCCAGACAGGACCCUUCUACUUGACAUACCAAUGGUUACGAAUCCCAUGUGUAUGUUUGGAGUUGCAAAGAAGAUGCCAGUAGAUGAGUUUAAAUGCUUUGUACAGAAAUGCCUCGAGGCCGACCGCAUUACACAGGAACGAAAUCUGAAUGCUGGUUGCCAACUUGAGAAGCAUGACCAAUACCUUAACCCAGAACUGUUAACGGAUACUUUUGAAAAUGUUGAAGUGACAGAGGUAACUAAUCCACACAACAUUUUUUGCAAACUCCUUAUUUUUUCUAAGGCAGUGAAGAUAUUAUCAGAACAGAUCCAGCAGCACUAUGAAGAGAGCUCAGAUAUAGGAGAUACAUGGCCUUUGAACUGCGGGGAUCCAUGUGCUGCAAGAGGGAUAAACGGCAGAUGGUAUCGCUCGCUACUAAAGCGAACUCCAACUAGUGAUGGUGCUGUAGAAGUCUUCCAUGUGGAUGAAGGAACGAUUGAAUCAGUCCCAAUUGGAGACAUCAGACCUCUGCAUCGAACAUUUCUGAGGUUGCCAGUUUUCACGUAUCCCUGUUCUUUUGAAGGUGUAAAAGAUAACGGCACAGACUGGACUACAGACCAGACUGAUUACUUGAAAUCAGUGCUCCUGAACCAGACAUUUGUGGCAAAAUUUAACCACCACAAUAUACCUCAAGGUAUCUAUCCCGUCAUUCUCUAUGCAGAUAAUUAUGCACACAUAAACAAUAGUUUCAUAGAGAUGACGGAACAUUUUUUACCCUCCAAGACUGAACAAGAUUCAAAUGUCCAGAAUGAGCACACAUCAUUUCUCAGUUCACUUGAUGACAAACUUUGCAUCGAUUUACAGAACAAUGUAAAUGUUGGAGGUAUACUGGAGGAAACUUUGCCCCGCACCAAGAACCUAGCAGUCAAUGAUGGGGCAGAUGAUUUACCCACAUCUGGCACGGAUGAUACUCAUGUCAAAGAGAGCGAAGAACAUCCAGACCCUCUAAUACAGAUCAAUGAGCCUCUUUCUACAGGUUUCCCCGCUGAGGUACAAAAUGCUUGCGAUGACGAUGGGUUUACUGUAGGAAGUAGCGUUAAUGUAAAAGUAUCUUUCAUUGAAAGUCUUCAGAAGUUCUGGUGUCAAAAAACUGGUGACUCUCUUGGACUCCUGAUGCAAGACCUGCAAAACCACUAUGCGUCCGCCCACCCUCAGCCACUUGUUGAGUCCAUCUGUGUCGCCCGAAAUCCAGACAAUAACAUGUGGUACAGAGCAAAGAUCAUGGCAAGUCAUGAAUCCCCUGUUGUAGAUGUGAGAUUCAUAGACUAUGGUCAAACUGAAAAGGUCCCUCUGCGAGAUGUGUGCCCUAUUGAUCCAGCUUUUUUACGGCUGAAUGCGCAGGCAUUUCAGUGUUGCUUUUUCAAUCGCAAGAAUUCCUCUAAUUCCGCUGCCAUCACUUGGACUGAUGCUGCAGAGUCUCAGAAGCUUGUGGAUGUAGGUACUUUGUCCAACAUUGGGUUGAAAUGCACUGUAAAAGCUGUAACAUCUGAUGAGGAAGGUCUCCUGCUAUACGUGGUAGAUAUUGAAACACCAUCUGACAGUGCAGGCAAUCUUCUUCUGACUCAGGAAUAUGCACAGGAUGAAGCUCACAUGCAAAAUACUCCACAGGUCCUAUCAGAUAAAUACAAUUACUCCACACAUAAUAUUGAGGCGGAUGGAAAAGAGAAAGUGUGGAUAACGUCUUCAGAAAAUGUCAAUCGAUUCUACUGCCAACUGGACAGGAAUUUCCAUCGGUUUGUCAAAGUGAUGGAAAAUGUUAAACAACUAAUUUGCCAGCCACAGUGCACAGAUCACCCACUUGAACGUAAUAGCAUUUGCUUUGCUAGGUACACUGAUAAUGAGUGGUAUAGAGGUCAAGUAGAAGAACUGUCUCCAAAACUUAAACUGCACUUUGUGGAUUAUGGUGAAACCCUUGCAGUGAAUGAAUGUGAUAUUUGUCCCUUUCCCACUGGAGAAAGUUUGGCCAGGUCUUUACCUGUGCAGGCUAUUCCACUAGGACUGUGUGAUGUCCCUGCAGAAGUGCCACAGGAAGUCAACCAGUGGUUUGCAGAUCAUGCUAUUGGCCAACGUUUGACCAUUUUAGUGGUAGCAAAAGGGGAAAAGGGGAAGCUAAUCGUUGAACUGUUUGAUGGAUCUCUGAAUGUAAAUGCGAAAGUCAGAGAGAUGUUAUCGGAGAUGAUACAACAAGAGAUGACUGGUCUCGUUCAGCAGGCUGACCAGUCGCUCUCCAACACCUCAGAACAUGCCAGUGUGCCAAAUGAGGACUGUUUAACGCAAGUAUUACCGAAGAUGACGGAACAAAAAGAAGUCCAUAGCAGCAAUGGAACAUGUGCAAGUUCACAAUGCAUCACUAUUGUCUCUGCACUAGAGGCUGAACAUGAAAAGACUUUGGAUGAAGGAAGAAAACCAACUUCGGAUGUCAUUUUUACGGACAAAGACAUAGAAGUAUGCCACAGUGACUCGGAAAUGACUACAAUUUCCCUUCCUUCUUUCCCUGAGGAAAAUGUAAACGUCUGCAUGUACAAGUGGCCAAACAUUUAUCAAAACAAGACAGUGGAGGUAUAUGCAUCCUGCAUUGUUGGACCACAUUACUUCUGGUGUCAGUCCUCCAACACAGAAGACCUGAACAUAGUGUCCAGGCUUGCUCAGGAAGCAGGACGGGCUCAACAGGACAUGACGUUCCCUGAGACUAUUGGUCCUGGCAGUCCAUGCCUUGCUCUGUUUUCCAGUGACGAACAGUGGUAUCGAGCUCAAGUAAUUCACAGAGUUGACGAUGCAUUCAAUGUCAUGUUUAUUGACUAUGGAAACGAGUCUGACGUUGACAUAAAAAAUGUGAGAUCACUGCCUCAGAGUCUGCUGGAGAAGGCUCCUCAGGCCUUUCUGUGCUCUUUGAAUGGGUUUGAUAAGUCCAGUGGCUCCUGGGAUGAUGACAUUCACGAUGACUUCUACAAUCUAUUGGUUGAUAAACCACUCGGAGUGACGGUAUUAAACAUGGACGGCCAUUCAGAGGCUGCAGUUCCUCAGUAUGCAGUGGAAGUUGAGUGUGAGGGAGCGGUUGUAAAUGCAGUAAUUCAGAAAUACUGGAAACCAGUUGCCAAAGAACGUGUUUCAAUUGAACACCCUGACACAGAAAUGUCCCUCCAAGAUUGUCAAACUGAGUCAAAUCUGACACAUCUUAAUGUUUCCAAAGAGAAUAUAAAUACUUGCAUGUACAAGGAGCCAAGCAUCUCCAAAAACGAGAAGGAGGAGGUCUAUGCUUCUUGUAUUGUGCACCCCCAUUUCUUCUGGUGUCAGUCCUCCAACACAGAGGAGCUCAACAUAGUGUCCAGGCUUGCUCAGGAAGCAGGACAGGCUCAACAGGACAUGACGUUCCCCGAGACUCUUGGUCCUGGCAGUCCAUGCCUUGCUCUGUUUUCCAGUGACGAACAGUGGUAUCGAGCUCAAGUAAUUCACAGAGUUGACGAUACAUUCAAUGUCAUGUUUAUUGACUAUGGAAACGAGUCUGACGUUGACAUCAAGAACUUGAGAUCACUGCCUCAGAGUUUGCUGGAGAAGGCUCCUCAGGCCUUUCUGUGCUCUUUGAAUGGGUUUGAUAAGUCCAGUGGCUCAUGGGAUGAUGACAUUCACGAUGACUUCUACAAUCUAUUGGUUGAUAAACCACUCGGAGUGACUGUAUUAAACAUGGACGGCCAUUCAGAGGCUGCAGUUCCUCAGUAUGCAGUGGAAGUUGAGUGUGAGGGAGCGAUUGUAAAUGCAGUAAUUCAGAAAUACUGGAAACCAGUUGCCAAAGAACGUGUUUCAAUUGAACACCCUGAAACAGAAAUGUCCCUCAAAGAUUGUCAAACUGAGUCCAAUCUGAUGCAUCUUAAUGUUUCCAAAGAGAAUGUAAAUACUUGCAUGUACAAGGAGCCAAGCAUCUCCAAAAACGAGAAGGAGGAAGUCUAUGCAUCUUGUAUUGUGCACCCCCAUUUCUUCUGGUGUCAGUCCUCCAACACAGAGGAGCUCAACAUAGUGUCCAGGCUUGCUCAGGAAGCAGGACAGGCUCAACAGGACAUGACGUUCCCUGAGACUCUUGGUCCUGGCAGUCCAUGCCUUGCUCUGUUUUCCAGUGAUGAACAGUGGUAUCGAGCUCAAGUAAUUGACAGAGUUGACGAUACAUUCAAUGUUGUGUUUAUCGACUAUGGAAAUGAGUCUGACAUUGACGUCAAGAACUUGAGAUCACUGCCUCAGAGUCUGCUGGAGAAGGCUCCUCAGGCCUUUCUGUGCUCUUUGAAUGGGUUUGAUAAGUCCAGUGGCUCCUGGGAUGAUGACAUUCACGAUGACUUCUACAAUCUAUUGGUUGAUAAACCACUCGGAGUGACAGUGUUAAACAUAGACGGCCAUUCAGAGGCUGCAGUUCCUCAGUAUGCAGUGGAAGUUGAGUGCGAGGGAGAAGUUGUGAAUAUACUGAUGGAGAAAUAUUGGAAAGGGCUGGAUACAGACCAUGCCUUGGAAGAACGUUUGGGAUCAGUGGGCCAGGAUGAUGCUUUAUAAGUGUCGGGCUUUAAAGUCAUCAAAAAGCCGUUGAAUGAAUGCUCCGGACCCAGAUGAAGGCCCACGAGGAAUCCAAGUUGGGACAGAUCUGUCUUGACUCUGAAAUUAUAUGAAGCUUGUCAUAUGGUUGUGUCAAUAAACAUACAGUUGCAUGGAUGAAUAAGAAUAAUCAUGAAUAUAUGAUGUAUACACAUUUUCAAAAGGGCUGUUUUGCAGGCUUUGUUAGUUUGCAAAUCUUUUCAAAAGGCCAAGGAAUAAUGUUCUUGCAUCUUGUUCUUCAGCAUUUACUCUGUUGAGUUUUACAGUCACAGUUUUUAUUUUAUGUUGAGAGUGAUACAAUUUUGGUUUCCAUAAUGAUACUGGAGCUCAUAAGGAUGGUUCAGAUGUUUUGAAGUUUGGUUGUAUGAGGUAUUUAUUCAUAGUCAGUGUAUCACCUACUUUCAAAACACAGGAGCAAAGCAAUGUUCUCCUGUAGAAUGGACAGCAGCAAAACAUAUUUUAGCCACAUAAAACAAUCUAUAUCAGUUAUAGUGUAUGCUAUAUUCAGAAUAUUUUCACUACUUGACUUUGUCGUGAGACAGUCUGUUUCCGACGGGAAACUGAAGCCGAUAUCUAUGCUCUAGCCAGUGCUACCAAACUCCAUUGACAAAAACAGUAUUUUACCUCGUAGAACACUUAGUUUGUUUUUGUUAUUGUGUGACUUUGGUGAAUGUGAACUAACCAAAGUCACACAAUAACACUAACUAACUAAACGAUCAAGGCAGCAGUAGACCAGCAACCCCCUUGUUCUGAGAGGUAAAAUGUCUGUUUUUGUGAAUUGAGUCUGGUGACUUUGAAGAAGUCUCAAAGGGCUGUCCGACAGCAAGGUAAAGUGGUAAAAAUAUUCUUUAUAUACCAUACACUGUAUGCGUAAUCUGAUCAUUAUUUUUUUGUCUAAAAUACGUAGGUUCCUGCUUCCUGUCUUUAUC